CCUCCACUCGGCUCUCUCCCUGCCGCAACCUGGCAGCAUCUGGCAUCCACCCGAAUCCUUCAACCCCCAGACCCAGUAGCUGUCAACCAGUCGACAUGCCCGAGGCUGAGGAUGACAAGCUGCUGAAUGGCUGGCCUUGCAGGGCCUAAGUUAGCGAGUCUGUGAGUCUGUUUGAUCAUGCAGCACUUUGUAUGCAAGCAAGCCUCUGAUACGAAAAUCUCAAUUCCCAACCCCUGCUUCGACACCGCCAACUCUGGCUAUCAGUUUCUUGGAAGGAUUUCUGUCAAUGGGCUAGCGAUAGCCUGAGAAUCAGCCCUCUUUCUCCGCAGCUUUGCUGGCAUCCCUCCUGCUCUCGACCACGCACACCUUCGCUUGACCUUCGCCUCGCCGCAUACAUCAACUCUUUCACAGACUGCCUUCACCCAGGGUCUCUUUAUCUAUCAUCUCGACGCUCUUUAUGCCCCUCAUCGCUCGCUCAACGUUCCUCCUCCGCAGCCUCUGCAAUUACGAUCGAUCGAAAAAGCGACCUGAACUGGUGGUGACCCUGUCAGGGCACGAUCGAUCGCUGGCUGUCAUGCGGCAUUGAGCCUCUUUUCCAAAAGUGCAGCUUUCGCACGUUCAUUCGCUACAAAGGGGAAAUCUACACGCACAUUCGCUUGGAACACGGCGCAAGAGUUGGACGCAUAUCUACCAGCGCCAAGAUGCGUUGUCUUUGCUCUCUCGUUACGCUGUCCACGGUGUUGUCCCAAGUGGAAGCAGCCAGCCGUGGCAAUCGGGCACCUCCCAAGUUCAUAAGGAGGAGCCCGGUAGGCUACACAAAUUCCACGACUCCCGACUGGAACUCUACAUCUACUACUUCAACGACAACAACUACUAUAGUACCAACUCCAUUACCGACGAUAUCGCCCGAUACUAUUACAAGUUGGACAAGUUCGAGCCCGGCAAUAGUUACGACAAGCUUGAAUGCUGGAAUAUACACAAACACCUCAAGCAUCCCAAUAUAUACAAACAUCUCGACAGACUCGCCAACAUGUGCUGGAUCGGUGACAUAUUUUGGUUCGGUUCCUCCCACUGUCUAUCUCACAGUGACCGAAGGUUUCACUGUGACUGUCACGGCUAGCAAUGUAUCCGUCACCGAGGCCCCAACUCUAAUCACUCCUCUACCAGCGUGUCAGGCCACAAUCAUGCCUCUGGUCGGCUCAGUUUUUCCUGAAGCCUCGUAUGCCUCAGCCACGUUUGCCGCUUCAUAUGAACCAGGUCGAACUGGUAGUUUCGCUCCUGACAUAGCGACCGCAAAUCCCGACGUUACUGGUCCUCCUCAGCCACCGGCAUUCAGCGCUACUCAGGUAUCCUCGGCUUAUUCCAGUGUCGAUUAUACAAGCACGGUAAUCGUGACCAAAAAGACACCAGUCCCAGUUGUUGUACCUUCGACCGGUCCACCAGACGUCAAUUUUCAGUCUCAUUCACCCACACCAGCUCCUCCCCCAACACCAGCCACGGUAGCACCAAUCCCGGCUCCUUCCAAUGGUGGCGCUAGCAAUAAUGGUGGUAAUAGUGGUGGUAAUAAUGCUGGGAGUAAUACCGGUGGAGGCUCCAACUCAAACAACAAUGGCGGCGGCAAUGCAUCUCCAGGGGGUGGUGGCAAUGCUCCUUCCCCUGCCGAUUCCAAACCCUCUCCAAGCACGAAGAACGCCAUAACGCCUUUCCCACCCUUGACUAACACUGCUGGUGCCGCUGCCGGCACCCUAAUAGUAACGACAUCGACACAGAAAGGGAUCGGCAACAUCAUCGCUUCUAUCAUCAACUCACCCUUCGCUACCCCAGGACCAACGGGCCGGCCGACAUUCACGCCUAUUACUACGACGAUUGACAAUGUUCGAGUCGUGGUUUCUCAGUCCAGUGUCAUCAUUGGAACCCAGACCGUUGCAAUCCCCACGACUUCCUCGACGACAGUCCAAGCCAACGGAGCGACGUUCGUUGUUCGACCGAGUGUUAUAGUUGCCCCAACAGGGACCAUCACAAUAUCGCCCGUCCAACAGAACAACGUGGUGACAGCGCCACCGGCCACCACUACGUUCACGACUUCUGUUGGCGACUUGACUUUCACCAUUGGGCCGACAGUGGCGAUCAUCUCUGGGACGACAUACAGAAUUGGUCAAAAUGCUCCCGCUACGACCAUCACCGUCCAAGGCACCAAGGUUUCCCUUGGAUCAGGAGGCGUUGGACUUCCGAGGACAACCAUAGCUCCUGACUCCGGUUCGGGCUCGCCCUUCGUGGUGUACACGGCGGAAGGGCUGACGUUGUCGGUGGAUGAAAGUGAAGCUGUCAUCAGUGGAACGACAUACCGGAUCGGAUCGAAUGCACCUCAAGUCAAGACGACGAUCGCAAGUGAGAGCGUAUCAUUUGGGCCUGGGGGUAUCGGAUUGAAGUCGACGACCAUCACACCCACUGCUGCUCCACAUACAACUGAGGGCAGCUCAAGGUCAACUGCUACGUCGACAUCUGUUACCGAGGCGUCCGCAACGCAGUCGGCAACGGUCGACAGUCUUGCAACUUCCCAACCACGUCCCUUCUUCGCAAGCAUCGUCUGGCAAUUUAUGGGUGUUAUCCUCGGCUUGCUUGUUGUUUAGUGUCCAAUUUUUGAAUUCUGAAGGAAUGCACGGAGUUGGAGAAGCGGGCACACUGAUCGGGAUAUAAAAUGGUGAUUUUCUUAAUGAACAGUCGGGCGAUAUUGGACAUUCCCUUUUCGAAUUGGAAUAUGAAUUGAUACCCGGAACAUAACGCAGCAACAUGAAAUGGGGCGCUGGGACUAUUGGCUUGGGCCUAGUUGGCAUGGUAAAAUUAAGUAGAAGAAGUAGUCCGCUGGGCAAGGAGAUUCUUGAGGGCGAACCACUUCAAAUAUUAAUACGAUCACUCUAUCUCUAUAA